GCUGCCUAAGCCCAUCCACUAUUCCACACCUCCCCGCUAAAACCCCUGCAACAACCUCCUCCUCCUCCUCCUCCGCCGUCCUCCGCCAACACCCGACGCCAGAAAACCACCGUCCUCCGCCGCCGAAGACUUCGAGGAGAAAUGGAGCAGGGCAAGCACGGGGUCGUCGUCUCCAAGCUCCUGCCCCCUAACAACCCCAUCGAGCAGCUCCAGUCUCGCUUCAAGGAGAUCGAGGCCGGCUUCAAGGACUGGCUCUCCAAGCAGUCCCUCCCCGUCGAGGCCGCCGUCGUCACCGCCACCGGCUCCGCCCAGGGCGCCGCCAUCGGCGCCAUCAUGGGCACCCUCACCAACGACGUCUCCGCCUCCCUCGGCCCUCCCCCGGGCGCCAACCUCAACCCCCAAGCCAUGGCCUCGCUCAAGCAGGCUCAGGCUCUAUCCGGGGGUCCCUUGAUACAAGCUCGCAAUUUUGCUGUCAUGACGGGUGUCAAUGCUGGCAUUUCCUGUGUCAUGAAGAGGUUGAGGGGGAAGGAAGAUGUCCAGUCCAGUAUGGUAGCAGCUUUUGGUUCUGGAGCCAUGUUCACUUUGGUCAGUGGCAUGGGUGGCCCAAAUCAGGCGGCAAAUGCAGUUACUUCGGGGCUUUUCUUUGCACUUGUUCAGGGUGGACUUUUCAAGCUAGGGCAGAAAUUCUCUCAGCCUCCUGUGGAAGAUGUCUACUACUCUCGAACAAGAAGCAUGUUGACGAACCUUGGCCUUCAGAAUUAUGAGAAAAACUUUAAGAAAGGCCUUCUAACAGAUACGACAUUGCCUCUACUCACUGAUAGUGCUCUAAGAGAUGUGAACAUUCCUCCAGGACCAAGGCUUCUCAUUCUCGAUCACAUUCAGAGAGAUCCUCAGCUGAAAGGUGCAAGGAAGCUGUAGAUCACAUUUGCCACCACACUGGUUGGCAUUUGAAAGAUUCUAAAGUAAGAGUGACUUAAUUCAUUUUUAUUUUGCACCAUCUACUUUCUUCAGGGGUGUCGUAUAAUCAAGUCGUGGUUGAGGGCUAUGAACUUUGAUGGUGGUACCUUUAGUGGGGAAGGAACCUUCAUAUGGGUGAUUUGAACGGGGUCUAGGACUUCUCGGAUACUUUUCCCUCUUUCUUUUUUUGAUAUUUUAGUUAGACAGUUCUUCAGCGAGAGCAUAAACUAGGUGAACAUUGAGAAAGGGAAGCCCAUGCUAGCAUCGGAGGCUUCUUGGUGUUAAGUUGCAUCUCAUGAGAUGUCGAAGAGUGAUGCCUAGAGCCAGUUCUCUUGAGAUUACUUUUUGCUUCAUAGAGCUGUUAGACAUUGGGGUGUCAAGCAAUUUUUGGCUUCUAUCUAAUUGCAAGCUUCUUCAGCGGAGGCUUAAGCUUUC